CGGCGAUGUGAACGAUUUAAGUUUCAUAUAAAUAGGAUGCAUUUGUGCAAUAAGGCAUUCCGUACUCAUCUUUUGCAUUAACACCAGCUUAGAUAUGAAGCUGUUCAUAGUCCUGUCAGUGUUAGCUUGUGGCUAUGCAGCCAAGUUGGACAGGACUUAUCUUCCUCCAGCGAGCGCCGCAACCGCUGGAGGCAGCCCUGGAUCUCUGACGACUCCAUUCGGAUCACCAACUGGACCUGGAUCAAACCAGAUGCCUGGACAAGCGCCUAGCUUCGGUUCUUCUAGCUCAGGACAAUUCCCACCAAAUGCACCAUCACCUGGAUCUGGACAACCCACUUUUGGGUCUUCUGCAUCUGGAAGAUUCCCCCAAGCGUUUUCUGGAACAGCGAGGCCUUCCAGCCAAGGACAAUCUUAUCCUCAAUCAUCUCAAUCUGGACUCAAUGGACCUAGCAGUUUGGGACAAUCUUUUGGUCAGGGCAACCAACCCGCCGGGCCAUCAAAUCAAUACGGAUCAGCUGCGUCUGGUCGUGAUUCAAACCCUGGCUUCGGACCUUCAGGUUUUGGAUCCAAUCAAGGUGGAGCCCAAACCCAGCCUGAAAGACCUCAAGCUGCAGCUGACAGAAACGCCGAAAUUUUAAGAUACGAAAACGAAAAUGACGGCAAUACUUUCGCAUACAGUUUCGAAACUUCGAAUGGUAUUUCUGCUGAAGAGUCAGGAGUGGCAACGAAUGGUGUUCAGGCCCAAGGUGGUUUCUCUUAUACCGGUGAUGAUGGUGAAGUGUAUAAAGUGACGUAUACCGCUGACGAAAACGGUUAUCAGCCUAGUGGAGACCAUUUGCCUACUUCUCCUCCUAUUCCUGAUGAGAUCCUCAGGUCUAUCGAGGAGAAUGCCAGAGCUGCAGCCGCUGGAACUCAAGAAGGUGCUUACAAUCCCGAUGAAGACGAUUCUGGAAGUCCUCAACAGUAUUCUGGAUCUUCUCCAUCUUUCAACCAAGGCCAGGGUCCUUCUUCAUCUUACAACCAGCCCCAGGGAUCCGCGCACUCUUCUAACCAGCCUCAGGGACCAGCGCAGUCAUAUAACCAGCCUCAGGGAUCUUCUCCUUCUUACAACCAGCUUCAGGGAUCUUCUCCAUCUUACAACCAGCCUCAGGGAUCAUCUCCCUCUUAUAACCAACCCCAAGCACCCGCCCAGGGUCCAUCGCAACAAUAUGGAGCUCCUAACUCAGUUGCCGGUUCCGGACCUUUCAACAAAGCUCAAUCUGGACCAAGAAAUCAAUUUUCUGGUGCUUCUUCCUUCAAUCAGAGCCCAAGCGGUCCUCAGGGUAAUUCUCAAUUCGGUGCCCCAACGGCUUCUGGACAAGGUCUUCAGCAAUUUGGAUCUCAACCAAAUGCCGCCGCAACUGGAUCUUCUAGGCCUUUCUCUGCUCCAUCUCAAAGUUCCCAAGGAAACAACAAUGGCUAUGAAUACAACCGUCCUCAGGGAUCUUCAGGAUCUUUCACCGCUUCACGUCAAGACCAGUCUUCUGCUCAAAGUCGUCCUUCACAGCAAUAUGGCGCUCCUUCUCCAUCUGCCACUGGGUCUUCUCAGCGUCCUUCUCAACAAUAUGGUGCCCCUACUAAUGGUGGAUCUAACCAAGUAUCUCCACAAUAUGGUGCUCCCAUUGCAUCAGGACGUGGUUCUAGCCAGGCUCCUCAAGGAUCCCCGUACAAUGCUCCUUCAACUUCCAAUGCUGGACGUGGAUCCAGCCAAGGCCCCUCUCAACAAUACGGUGCACCUUCUACUUCUAGCCGUGGACCAGUUCAAACUGCACAGCAGUAUAACCCUCCUUCCCCCUCCCAACAAUACGGCACCCCCAACACACCUUCUGCACCCACUCAACAAUACGGUGCCCCUAACGGUGGACGUGGAAGUCAAGGUCCUCAGUUUGGAUCACCGAACGCUGCAACUCCUUCCGGAAAUACCGGAUUCCCUGGAUCAUUCCCCCGUCAAGACCAAUCUUCGGCCCAAAGCCGUCCACAAGGAAAUUUCGGACAAGCCCAGAAUGAAAACGGAUAUCAAUAUGGCCGUCCUCAGGGUGCUCCGUUUGGCCAAGGACCCAGUGGCAACAGACCACAGUCUGGCCAACAGCUACCUGCGUCUCAAUACAACCAGCCCGCUCAGUCUGGUUUCCCAAGACCUGGAUCUUCGGCCAGCCAAACCCCAGCCGGCUCGAACUUCGGUACUGGCCCUACGACAGGUCCAGCUGCAGCUCUGGUCAGCCAGUCGCUUGUGCCUGGAUCUAGGGUCGUUGGAACCACACCUGCAGGAGGUCGUAUUCAGGGCUCUUUCGGAUCAGCCCCUGGCCAGUCCAGCGCUGGCCAACCUGCUAUGACAGAUGCCACUCAAUACAACCAGUCUGGAACUCCAAGUCACCCUGGCUCCCAGACUAGCCAAUCAUCCUUCAGACCGGCUGCGCCAACCUUCGGUGGACCUCGUCAACCACCAAGUUUCAGCCCCGAAACUGGUUACGUUUACUAAUAUAUACCAAAGCAAUUCGAUAAACUGUAUUAUAAAAUUAGUUAGUCAAAAUUAGCAAGUCGAAAAUGUAAAAAAAAAAAAUUUGAAAAUUGACAAUUAUUUUGUACAUAAUUCUUUUAUGUAUAGGAUUUGCAGCGUACAAUCACUAUGUGAUAAAAAUUGUAAAUAAAGGCAUCUUUAAAAGAACAAUUGUUUA